GAGGAUGGCACAGUCGGUUUCCUCGAUUUUCUCGAUUUUCUCCAUUUAUUUCUCUGUGUGCUCAAUCUGAAGCGAGAUAAUUCGCUGACUGGUGCUGAGAUUAGGAUUUUUUGUAGAUAAUCAAACCAUCAGAUUGCAUUUGCAGCGCGACUAUCAUUCAUGCCGCACGUUGAAUGAGGAUCAGCUGCUCUCCGCUGUAAACUUCUGCAUUUGCACGACGUUCCUCCUUCUUCUGAGUGUCCCAGACGCCGAGUAAAAAAUGGCAGAGGAAACCUUUGGGGUUGCCGACUACCUGGUCGUCGCCCUGAUGCUGCUGAUAUCGGCUGCCAUAGGUGUUUAUUACCGAUUCACGGGUGGCAAGCAAAAAACAGUUCAAGAGUACCUGCUGGCUGACAGAAACAUGUCGAUUGUGCCCGUCGCGUUUUCCCUGAUGGCCAGCUUCAUGUCCGCUGUGACCCUGUUGGGCGUCAGCUCGGAAAACUACAGCUACGGCACGCAGUUCGUCGUGAUAAACUUUGCAUACGGUCUGGUCACUCCGAUCGCCGCUUAUGGUUACCUGCCAGUGUUUUACGAACUUCAAGCCACCAGUGCCUAUGAAUACUUGGAGCGACGGUUUGGCAAAGCAACGAGGCUCUUUGCAUCCAUCGCAUUUUCUUUCCAAAUGAUCUUGUACAUGGGCAUCGUGCUGUACGCGCCUGCACUGGCUCUUUCCGCCGUGACGGGAAUCUCAUUGGUCAUUUCGAUUUUAUCAGUGGGAGCUGUGUGCACAUUUUACUCCACCAUCGGCGGAAUGAAGGCUGUCCUUGUUACUGAUGUUUUUCAGUCCCUGCUAAUGUUUGCCGCCGUUUAUUGCGUAAUCAUCAAAGGCACUAUUGACGCCGGCGGUUUGGAUAAGGUUUGGCAAAUUGCCUACGACGGCGGCCGGAUCGAGUUUGACAAUUUCAGCGUUGAUCCGACUGUGAGACACACAGUUUGGUCUCUAGUCAUCGGAGGUGGAUUCACAUACCUGACCCUUUACGCUGUGAAUCAGGCACAAAUCCAAAGACUGCUUUGCGUGAAGAGUCUGAAGAAAUCUCAGCAAGCGCUCUGGUUGAGCUGGCCAAUCUUAACGGCACUCAGCCUAAGCACGUCGUUUUCUGGUCUGGCGAUUUAUUCUCGGUACUUUGACUGUGAUCCAUUAUUAGCCAAGCAGAUCGACUCCAACGACCAGCUGCUGCCCUACUUUGUGGUCGACACACUGAGCUACUUGCCUGGCAUAUCCGGCCUUUUUGUCGCCGGCAUCUUCAGCGGCUCCCUGAGCACGGUGUCUUCUGCCGUAAACUCUUUGGCAGCAGUCACUCUCGAGGAUUACAUAAGACCAGUGCUGGUGAAAAUGGGAAAGAGUUCCAAGUUGACGGAGAAGAGGUCGACUCUGCUUACUAAGAUCUUGGUGCUUUUGUACGGUAUUCUUUGCAUCGGAAUGGCUUUCGUUGCGCAAAGCCUUGGAGGCGUUCUGCAGGCCUCGCUGACCAUUUUCGGUGUUGUCGGAGGACCUUUGUUCGGGACAUUCACGCUCGGAAUGUUUUUCUGGAUCACCAACGAAGUGGGUGCCAUAUCGGGGUUGGCGAUGGGCUUGGCAAUUUCUCUUUGGAUCGGGUUUGGUGGCCCAAAACCGCCUCCGCCGUAUCUUCCUGUCAGCACGGAGGGAUGCGAGGACCCCGUGUUUGCUGCUCUGCGUUUGGGCAACGCCACGUCAACGGCGCUUAGAGAUGACUCGGAGUACUUUUACCUGUACCGCCUGUCCUACAUGUGGUACGUGGUCAUUGGAUUUGGCGUGACUGUUUUGUUUGGAGUCUUCGUCAGUUUUGUCUAUGGAAAACUCGUCCUCAAAGAGGUCAAACUGGUUGAAGCGAAACUUUUCAGUCCAUUUAUAAAGAGAAUACUUCCAAGGGAAUUCAAAGAGUUCAAGGAGGUGGCAACCAUCAAUGGUUCUUUUGAAAAUAAUAUGAAUCACGUUGGAGUGAAGGACAUCGAGAACUCAACAUCAUUUUAGCACCGUAUUUAAGUAGAAAGGCUGAUGUUUUUUUGUAUUACACCAAAAAUUGAUAUUAUUAAGAGAAAACAAAUGAAUGGUACUUUCGUUCCUUUUAAAUUUUACAGAUGUAGAUACAUAUCAGUAAAUAUCAUUCCAAAUUUUUGUUAGUUCUGUGUACAUUUUUAGGAAAAGAAAACGGUUGUGAUUUUCAUCCAAGUUUUAUUGCCUUGGCCAGCCACAUUUUUUCUGUUUGCUGUUUGCGUGACUGUUGUACAACACAUUACAAGUAGUUGAAUUCAUACACUUAAACGCCUUUAUAAAAGCCAAAUACGAUACCAAUCCUUAAAAUCAGAACUUAUAUUUUGCUAUGUAACAAAAUGAGACAAUAAUUGUGACGCUGAAAGUGUUCAUCAUAAUGGUCUUCCAGUAAAAUGAGAGUUUUAAGUUAAUUUUGAAGUACGAUUUACUGUAUAAGCCGUUGAAUGGAGAAAUAGUUCUAAUAAAUAUUACAAACAUGA